AUGGAGCAUCAUUUAUUAAUACUAAAUGAUUCAAACGAAUCACAUUUAUGUAGAUUUUUGCUGAAAACAUUGGAACCUUCUUUUCCUUUAGUUGUAUUAUAUGGACCAAAAGUCCCUGAUAAAUUGUCAGAUUUGUACAUAGAAUCCUCGGAGCUCGAACAUUUGAAAGAUUCGACAACAGAUUCUAAUAAUUACAAGUACUCAGUUUUAUACAAAGAACUCAAUAAAUCAAAUUCAUUAACACAUCAAGAAUUUGAAGAAUUGUAUAAUAACUUAGUAAAGUAUCUAAAAACGGUACUAUUUAGACCAGUUUUACUAUUAUUUAAAAAGUCAAACAACUUCUUACCUAACGUGCUCUUUAAUUUCAAACCAAUUUUACUUUAUUUGUCUCCGCUAUAUAACCUCCACAAGGUUGAUGGCCAGAAAAAACAAUACAGAGAAGACAAGAAUCUGCUGUAUUGGUACCUUGAAUUUGAUUAUAAUUUAAACAAUAUUGGGACUAACAACAGGUUACUGGACCUUUUGGAUGAACUAGAAAACACAAUAGAAGAAUAUAAUUUGGAUAACAAAUUUGUUCAAUCGAUACUAUCGUUGCUAAACAUGUAUGUCGAUAGGAUCUUGUUUAGGAACAUCUCUUUAACGAAGUACACAAAAGUAUUAAAAUACUCAAAACAAUACUCCACUCUUUUGAACACACAUUUGUCGUCGACUGGUACAUACACCCAUGCAAAAGGUUCUACAACUGAAGCUCAAGAAACGAGUUCCAAGUUUACUGAAAAAGGCGAAGUUGGCCAUGAAGAGCUGGAUAAAUCCAGUGAAUCUGCCGAUAAACUGAACCUGGUUGAUUACAAAAAACUGUUUCUAGAGAAUAAAAAACCAUACCACCUGGCUAGCGCAAUAGCAUAUACGAACGGCCUACCACACGUAGGCCACGCAUACGAAGCAGUGGUUUGCGACGUUAUAAGCCGAUACUACAGAAUGUUUGGAAGGAGAGUCAUCUUUUCGACAGGAACAGAUGAGCAUGGAAUAAAGGUUUUAACGACAGCAAAACAGCAAAACAAAACACCAAUUGAGGUGUGCAACUAUUACUCUAACGAGUUUAAGAAAUUUUACAAGAGACUGCUAGUUGAAUAUGAUAGGUUCAUAAGAACAACAAGCGAGUCACACAUGAAAGCAGCUAAAACGAUCUGGAGAACAGUAUUUAAGAAAGGAGACAUAUACUUGGGUGAAUACAACGGCUACUAUUCCAUGAGAGAGGAACGUUUCAUCCCUAAUACAGAAGCAAAGUUAACAGACUUUAAAGACCCAGUCUCAGGAAAACCAUACGACUUAAUGUCAGAAAGUAGCUAUUUUUUCAAAAUGGAGCGUUAUCGCACACAGCUAGUUGAUUAUAUUAACACAAACCAGGAUUUCAUAUACCCCAAAAAAGUCAAGAAUGAAAUUUUAACAAGACUUAAGGAUCAGCUGGAUGACUUGAGCAUCUCUAGAACCUCAUUUGAUUGGGGAAUCGAAGUGCCCUCAACAGACGACAUAAUCAUAACUGAAUACGUUAAUAACGACGUGAAUGUAGGGUACAACCACGAAAAUAAACUGUUUAAUGAAUCUAAAUUUUACAAUGAAGUGAAUAAAGGAGAAGUAGCAAAGAAGGUAAAAGCUCUACAUUCAGAUGAUCAACCAGAAUCUGGUGAAACUAAAGUAUCUUUAACAUCCAAUCAAGAUCAAACUUCCAGUGAAAAGAAAGUUGAUUCUACACAUGUUAGUCCUAAUACCAAAAAGCAAGAGAAUGAAAAGCAUGUUAUGUAUGUUUGGUUUGACGCAUUAUCAUUUUAUAUGACGUCAUCCGGACUAGGUGAGUCUUUAAGCGAAAUGAUGUAUUGGCCUACAGAUCUGCAAGUUAUUGGGAAGGACAUCUCUUGGUUCCAGUCCGUAAUACUUGCCACAAUGUGUUUCUCAAUGGGAUUACCACUCACAAGAAAAAUCCUCGCACACGGAUUUAUCCAAGGGUCCGACGGUCGCAAAAUGUCAAAGUCCCUGGGUAACGUCCUAAAUUUGGACGAGUUACUCCAGGAGGUAGGGGUGGAAAGCUUUAGGUACUAUCUUCUAAAGAGCACUGUUAUGGGAUCAGAUGUCAAUUUCGACCAGAAUCAGCUCAAGGAAAUGCACAACUCAGACUUGGCCGACAAUGUAGGAAACCUAGUACACAGACUAACAAGCCUCGUCACAAAGUACAAUGAAGGUGUUGUGCCGUCAUAUAAGUCAAAGGUGAAAUCACCAUUUGAUCUCGUCGAGUUCAUGAAAGACUGCUCAGACAAUGUUCUGAAGUUGGAUGUAUAUAACAUAUUAAUUCUAACUAACAUGAAGUUUAAGGACCUGAACAAUUACUUGACUGUGACCAGCCCAUGGGCUGAAAAGAACCAAGACAAGAGGGAUUCAGUUCUACGAGUUCUGCUUGAAUGUGUUUACUUUCUGGCACAUUUUCUAUACCCAGUUCUACCGCAAUCAAUGGAACACCUCUUCUCCAAGUUGGGAACACCCCAAAAGCAGAACGUUUGGGAACUAUCUCUCAACCUCGAUAACCUCGAAAAGGACUCCAAGGUUUCAGUCGGGGACAUUUUGUACCAAAAGUUCAAUUUGCAAGAAAAGCCAAAGGCCUAA